AUGGCCUGCAGGGGCUGUACACGACCAAGGGGCCUGGCCUGGGUCCUGCAACUGACCCUGGCAUGGAUCCUGCUAGGGGCAUGUGGAGGGAGCCGUGCACUCCCCAUUAGGUCCCAGAGACACCAUAGGCUGGCAGCUGAUCUGAGUACAGGCCAGCAGCACCUAGCAGAGAUGAACACGCCAGAGGCUCUGGAACCUGGAAUCCUCUCGGAGGGCUGCAGGAAGCCUAGCCCCAGGUGCGAAUCCUUUCUGGGACACCUCCAAGUUUCUCUCCGCAGUCGCUUCCGCCUCCUGCUACUGGGGGUACACCAGACACAGCUGCUCUGCCCGGAGCUCUGCCAUGCCUGGGUUGCCAUCUGCAAAAGUGCUAUCACCUGCGGCCCGACUUGGCUCCCACCCCUAGAAAAGAGGGACUGCAACCCCGGCUGCAGGACCUACGGGCAGACCUUCGCCGACGGGGUGGACCUUUGCCGCUCGGCUCCGGGCUACACGCUGCCGGCGGUAGUUCCUGGCGGUGGCGACUGCCUCAACAUUUCCAUCUCGGUGCUUCCGACUCGCAGACAGGGACGUAGGGCCCGGGAGGCCACCUUCCCACGCUCCCGCCACCCUCGCACCUGGAUCCAGGACGUGGCAGGCAGCGGGAGCGGCAGUGGCAGCGGCAGCGGCCCCUAG